AGCAGGCAGGCAGGCGAGAGGAGGCGCCGCUCCAGACAAAGGCUGCCCUCGCUCGCCUCCAUGGAGCGCCGCUGCGCCUGAAGCCCGGGCGCAGGACCCCCGCCGGCGGGCGGGACCCUCGAGGGCGAUCCCCCCGACCCCGGCCCCCAGCCCGCCCGCCUGGACUUCGCCCUCCGCGCCGGCAGCCCGCGCGAGCGGACAAAGACCGCCGUCGCCUGGCAUCGCCCGAGAGCGCCGUCGGGGCUCCCUCGCCGAAGAUGAGUCUCCUGGCGCCCGAAUGUCCAGCGGUGGCUGCUCUGCGGAAGAAACGGCUGGACCUCAGUGAUGCCUCUGGAGGUGACGGCCCGCGACCCAAGCGCCCACGUCUGGGCCCGCUGCCAGGCCCGACCCCUUGCCUCCAGCCCCUGGCUCGCUCCCCACCUGCCCCAGACCAGGACUUGGGGGUCUACCAGAUUGGCCCAUACCUCCUAUUGGAGGCCUCAGAAGGGGGGCGCUGCUACAGAGCUGUGCACCGACACACGGAGGCAGAGUACACCUGCAAGGUUUAUCCAGCCAAGAGCUACCCAGAGAUAAUGGUCCCUUACGGGCUCCUCUCUGCUCACCCGAACAUUGCUCGUGUGGAGGAAGUGAUCCUCGGGGAUCAGAACGUUUACGUCUUCUUCCAGCCCAGCAGAGGUGACAUGCACAACUACGUCCGGGGGCACAAGCGCCUGGCGGAGCGCGAGGCGGCUCCUCUCUUCCGACAGAUGGCAGAGGCGGUCGCUCACUGUCACCAGCACGGCAUUGUCCUCCGGGAUCUCAAGCUGAGGAAGUUCGUCUUUGCCGACAGAGACAGGUCCAAACUGCUGCUGGAGAACUUGGAGGACUCUUGUGUGUUGCCUGGUCCGGACGAUUCCUUGGAGGACAAGCACGGCUGCCCGGCCUACGUAGGGCCCGAGAUCCUCAGCUCCAAGACCUCGUAUUCGGGGAAGGCAGCUGACAUUUGGAGCUUGGGGGUUGUGCUCUACACCCUGCUGGUGGGGUGUUACCCCUUCCAGGAUACGAAGCCUGCCUCGCUAUUCAGCAAGAUCCGGCGAGGACAUUUUGUGGUUCCCGAGGGCCUCUCUCCCAGGGCUCGCUGCCUCAUCCGCUGCCUCCUGCGGAAAGACCCUGCAGAGAGGUUGACAGCAAGGGACAUUCUCUUGCAUCCGUGGCUGGCGGAGGGGAGCAUCUCCGAGGGCUCCUGGAGCAGUCCGUUUGCAGGCCAGGCAGUGGAGCAGGUAGUGCCAGAGCGGAGGAGCUUGUGGGAAGUUACAGAGGAGCAGGAAGAGGAGGGAGGCCUCUACAGCUGAGCUGGCAAGGAGUGCGGGAUUGUUAAGGAAGGUGCAGGCGGCCCUGGCCCAACCCGCCGUGCACCAGGCAGUGGAAGGAAGCUGGCUUUCUCCUAUCCUCAAUUCUGCUGCUAGGACUGGUUCAAGAAGUGCCUUUGAGAAAAGAUGGGCGUCACUUUUGCCGGCGCACUGUGAAGACGGUUCCUUUGCAUCCAAAUCAGGGAAGAAAGGAGGCCCUGCCUUCUUGCCAUGCCCUGCCCGGUAGGGCACUGGUUUUCGUGUGCCAAAGAUUCAUUUUUGAAGAUGUGAUCACCAGCAAGCAUUAAGAAAGGGGUGCCUUACACGCUCGACUCCGAAAUUCAGGAUCUCGUUUCCCGGAGCAUCGGAAGAUGUUACGAAAACGGCACUGGGGAUUCGGGAUUACGAGAGAUUCGGGGUGCAAAUCCUCUCUUUCUGUUUCCAAGGUGCGCUGACUUGGUCAAAGGGACGGGCCCCGGAUCAGGGCAAGAGGCUGGGGCUCGCCCUUCCUGAACAGUUGCUGUGACCCUUUUCCUGGGUGCCGAGCAAAAGGACUGCCAAGCGUGCUGGAGAGUUGCGACACGAGGAAGAUACAGUGGAGAGGAGAUGUGCUGAUGGACAAUUGGGGGUUGUGCCCCCUUCUUUAUUUUUGUAAUUUCCAAAAAACGCGUGGCCUUAAUUCCCUUCCUUGGGGCGUUUCUGUUUCCUCCCUCCCGCAUCUCUUUACGCUUCCUGCCUUACAUUCGAGAAGACUCCUGGUGGGUUAGACUAGGCGGGCCUGCCUUUUUGUUACUUGAAUUUCUGUCAGGGCUCGACUCCUUCAGGGAUCUCGCUCCCAACCAGGGUUUUCCUUACCCCUCCCUCCCCUCAGGGCAGCUGUGAGCCAGGCCCGAUGAGCAGGAGUGGUAAAGGAAAAGGUAGUCCCCUGUGCAAGCACCAAGUCAUUACUGACCCAUGGGGGGGACGUCGCAUCAAGACGUUUUCUUGGCAGACUUUUUACGGGGUGGUUUGCCAUCGCCUUCCCCAGAGCAGGAGUGAGUGCAAAAAAGUCAUCAGCUCAAAUAAAAUUAAGUUUUGGCCCUGACGCUCCCAUAACUUGAACGCCACGAUUGAAACCGGGGCGUGACGGUUUCCCAGGAGUUCUCCGUUCCUGUUCAUGUUGAGCCAUGGACUGCGCAACGGUCGCAACGGAAGGGCAGCUCUUUCAUGGCGAGGCUUCGUUGCCGGACAGAACAGAUCCUUGCAGGAGAUGGAGAAAUUGCUGAUCCAGUUCAUUCCAGCCUGUAAUAGAUUGCCACCCCCCAACUUUGUGAACUUAGUGUCAGCGCUGCCCCUCCCUCCCCCAGAAUCCUGGCUGGGAAAUAGUUGGUGCUGCCUUUUCCCCAAAGAGAAGACUAGCUAUAUCUCAUCCCCUUUGGCGGACUAAGUAGGACUUCCGCUUCUUCCCCACGGUUGGGACCGUCCAGCAUUCUGAGUUCUUUCGGCGUGCCAUUUAAGGGGUAUCUACACUAAAGUAGCUGAACUGUCGUUCCCUCUUCCCUUCGAACCCUGGAUUUCAGUGAGAGCCACUAGGGAGUGAUCUCUAAAGAAUUCUCCAAAGGCCAAACCAGACAACGUGCUGGGAGUUGCACAGCAGCCACUUUCAAAGCUUGUAGGCAUCCAGUUUGGAUCAGGAGUGUAGCACAAGGGAGAGGUGUUAAACUUUACACGCCCCCCCCCCCCAGUUUUCCUGUUCUAAGAGUCUCUCUCUACGAGAUGCCUCAGUGCGUGUUCGUCAAGUGAAGGGAGAUGCAAUAUUAGCUGGGAAGUGUAGUUUUAAAAGACAGAGCCGGCGGAGAUCGCUCCUCAGAGGGUUUGUUAAUUUCAUCUCUGCCACUGCGAAGGCUCUGCCAAUUUCACCUCUCCAGUCUAAAACUCUGGGAUGGCAACCAGAGGGCAGCGAGGAAUGAAAAUGGGCUGGAGCUGCCUUCCAGAGGAAACGGGCUUGGACCUGGAGAGGUUAUAAUGGGCUGAAGUUUCCCUUCUGGCAUUUCACAGCCCCUUUACACAGCUCCGGUGUCUAGCAAAGCCUUUGCCCUGCUGCCGGCUCUGACUUUUUAAACUACCCUUCCCAGCUACCAUUGCAUCUCCUGAUGUGUUCUUCAUGUGUCAGAUGUCUCAUGUAGAAUCUAAAACAACCCUUGGAGGUGACUUUUUAAAAUAUUAGAAGCUCCCGACACAGAACUCCCAACAUGUUAUCUGGCCAGGCCUGGGCGCUGUCAAUACACUACAGGUCCCUUUUGGGGGGAGGCCUGGGCAGUGGCUCUGGUAGGAAAUGCAGGCUGCAGUUAAGCCUUGAACAUCCAAGAACUCCACGGCUGACCCUGUCCCUUGCAACGCUGUGGCGGGCCUGCAAGAGCUGGCCUUCGUGGUAAUACUGUUGUGAUGCAUUCUGAAGAGAGGUCGCUGCACCAGCCGUGUUGGUGGGGGAUAGUUCUCCCCUGUAAACUCCCUUCCCUCGUAAAACUGUCAGCCCCAUGGAAGGUUCUCUGGGGGGGGGGGUCACAAGUGAGCCAGGAGCGUGGCACCUCUUGUGUGUGUGUGCGUGCAUUGGCAGUUGGCGUGUUUUCCGAACUGACCAAAUAUCGACGCUGGGCUGCUAUGCCAGGACUCCCGCUGUUUCUCUUUUGUAUGUACAGAGUGGAUUUGCUUAUUUUUCUGUUACUUGGAAAAUAAAAGAUUUCUUGGUUUU